AUGACCCACCAGGAUGGCGAGCUGGAGAGUUCUCAGCCGCUGGUGUUCGCAGCCCACGAGCUGGAGUGCAAGAUCUGCUACCGCCGCUACGACGCCCGAGCCCGCAAGCCCAAGCUGCUCAGCUGCGGCCACCGCGCCUGCGCCAGGUGCCUGCGCGGGAUGGCGGCGCUGGGGGACGCGUCGCCCCCCCGGCUCAGCUGCCCCUUCUGCCGCCGGGAGACCCCGGUGCCCGGCGAGGACGUGCGGCGGCUGCGGGACGACGGCGCGGUGCUGGCCCUGCUGACGUGCCGCGAGCGGGCCCAGCGGCGGGGCGCGGCCCUGUCCCCGGAGGUCGUCCUCUGCCCCGGCGUGCUGGAGCCCCUGGCCGAGCCCCCGCCCGGCUCCGACCGCCUCGUCGUCACCGUCCUGGAGGUGCCCCAGGACCCGGCCCCGCCGGAGGGGCCGGGCGCGCUGGACCUGCUCCGGCUGUACCGCCCCGCCAGCCCGGGCGCGCUGCCCUGCCGCGGCCCCAGGCGCGAGUGCCGCUCCCGCACGCGGCAAGCGGUGCCCCGCUUGGUCCUGGGCGCGCUCUGCCUCCGCUACCUCGGCUCCCUGCCCCGCGGCACCUCUCUGCUCCCGGAGCGCCAGGGCCUGGGCGUCGCGCUGGUCGGCCUGGUGCCCGCCACCCUCCUCCUCUGCAGCCUCUGCAGCUGCUGCCAGUGCCUGAGCCGCGAGGCCUGCGCCUUCCCCUCCCCCUGA